UGAUGUCUGGAGAGCUACUUAUAGAGACCGUGAUUUGCCAACCAAACUUGGCAUACCUACUGGGGAAACUAGUCAAUGCAAAAUUUUGAUUAGCACAAGAAACAGAAAGGUCUUUGAAAAUCUCAAUGCUGAGAUCUAUGAGAUGAAAUUUUUGACAGUUGAAGACAGUUGGAAGCUGUUUUGUGCUUAUGCAUUUCCAGAGUCUGAGGGAAAUAGAGCGCCAGAUAAUCUGGAGGAGAUAGCUCGUAACAUCUUGAAGAAAUGUGGGGAAUUGCCACUUGCAAUCAAAAUCACAGCAGCAUCUCUGGCGAAAACUACAUUGCCAGAUGAUUGGCAGUCGAAGUUGACUAAGCUGGAAGAGGUUGGCACUUCCGACGACCAUGUCAUGGAUAUCAUGGAUAUUCUCAAAUUGAGUUACCACUCACUGCCUGCACAUCUAAAGGCUUGUUUUGCUUAUCUUUCUUUUUUUCCUGAGGAUGAGGCAAUAGAGUGUGAGUAUCUCAUAUAUCUAUGGAUGGGAGAAGGGUUCAUUCCGGCAGGAAAGAACCCGUGGGACUGCUUAGAUCAACUUGGCAAUCUCUGUCUGGUUGAAGUAUGGGAAGAAGAAUGGAGAUUGAAGAAAUAUUGCAAAGUUCAUGAUUUAUUACUUGAUUUGGCCAUACUUAUAUCCACGGAAAAUAAAUGUGCAUUCAAUGUUGAAGAUGCCUUUUCCAAAUUGCACUCUGUACAUACAGGUGGUGAUCGCUGGGGUCGCCUAUUUUUGGCGAAGAAAGAUAUUGAUGAGGCUGUUGUCUCAGAGAGACGUCUUGUUUCUCCUGAACUUGUCCGCACAUUGUCCCUUUCCCGCAAUGCAGAAAUUGGAGGAAAUAUUCCGGCAAUGUUGUUUAGCGGAAUGAGAGUACUGCGGGUUUUGGAUUUGAGCUACACAAAUAUCUCCAUAUUGCCUGCUUGUGUUGGGGAGAUGAAACUUCUCAAAGUUUUGAAUCUAAGAGAGACGAAGAUUAAGAGGUUACCAGAGUGUGUCAGAUGUCUUAAAAAUCUCUCUUUUCUUGAUGUCUCUCGUUGCAGUGAAUUGGAUCGAAAGGCACCCAAAUGGAUUAGUGAGCUUCAGUGUCUUCAACAUUUGGAAGGCCCAUUUGAGCAAAUGCCAAAGGGAUUAUUAAAGCUAGAGUCUUUACGAAUAUUGCGAAUAUCAGGAGAAUGGUGGUUGUCCCUGUCCAGGGAAGAGGAUGGUUUGGUAAGGUUAGAGGAUCUUGGCAAGAUGAGUGCAAUUGAGGAAAUAAGGUUUAAAGUUGAGCAUGACUCACAGUUGAAGAGUAUGGAAGACGGGAUCCUUGCGCCCUUGCUCAGCAUGCGUCGGCUUGAUGUAAGAAAUAAGAUCGCUCAAACGGAUCUUCCACAAUUUCCAGAGAGAAUGAAUGAAAUGAGAAAUUUGAAGCAUCUCAGACUAGAAUAUUUUGCAGUGCCAAGUUGGAUAUGUUGUUUCGCAAAUCUCAUGUUCUUAUAUUUACAGAAUUGUGAUUGCAGUAAUUAUCCAGAAUUACAAGAAAUGCCCAAUCUAGUGAGUUUGUGGUUGGAUGUAAAUAGGAGAUGUAAAGAAGUGCCAAAGGCGUUUGGAAAGUCAGGAGGAUUUCCACAUCUCCGCUUCUUUUCUAUACAUGAUUUUCCUGAAUUGGAGGAGUUUCCAGAAAUAGAGGAUGGAGCGAUGCCAUGGCUUGAGAAGUUGGAGCUAUGGCGUUGCAGGAAGUUGAAUAAAGUGGGAGAGGGAUUGGAGCGGCUGAAAAGACUCAAGGAGUUUAAUUUUGAAUUGUCAGAGAAGGAUGAAUUGAGGGAAAUGUUGAAGGAAGGCGGAAUAUAUUGGGAAAAAAUUAAAACCGCCAAUCCUGAAAUAAUAAUUAAAAAAUGAUAAAACAUAUUGUUUUCAUGAGUGGGGUGCUGACAUAGAUGGGUGAACAUUUAGAAUGUAAAUAGUUUGUCAUAGAUCUUCAAUUGUCUUCAAUUGUAUUUUUAGGAUUUAUCAAUUAAAAAUUUAUAUUAUUUUUUUAU